GGAGAGAGAGGUCAUCAUCAUUUGGUGCAGGCUGUGGUGUAGAUGAGGACACGCAUGAGCUGAGUCCUCCACACCGGCAAACUCUCCUCACGCAAGAGUCACUGUAAGCGCCUCACGUAAUACCGAAUCGCAGUUUCCGUGUGUCGGUGAUGUUCAUGGUUAUUAAUAGGCUGCCGUGGUCUUCCGUCGGUUUCUUUGGACCAUUCAGAUCACCGUAUCAGAUGCGAGUGCGCAGUUUCUGAGGUGACAAUACAAAGGACGUUCAAGAUUCAUUUCAUACGACUCGAUUUGAACGCGGACCGUAACCGGAGGCGAUGUUAAUGGAGCCGUGCACGUCUUGUUGAGGAUCCAUCUGCACUCGUCCUCAAUGGUCACCUUCUGUCCGAGCCUGUCUUUCUGCUUGCUGCAGUCCGCAUCAGAGGAUGUACGCGGAGGGAAGCACGCCAGACACUGAGCCAGACGAGUGCCAGAAGAAGACAUCAUGCUUCUCCAACAUCAAAAUAUUCCUCAUAUCAGAAUGUGCCUUAAUGUUGGCACAGGGCACUGUAGGAGCCUAUCUGGUCAGUGUCCUCACCACGCUAGAGCGACGUUUCAACUUGCAGAGUGCUGACGUGGGUGUGAUCGCCAGCAGCUUUGAGAUUGGCAACCUUGCCCUCAUCCUAUUCGUCAGCUACUUUGGGGCCAGGGCCCACCGGCCGCGGCUGAUUGGUUGUGGAGGCAUCGUGAUGGCGCUGGGAGCGUUACUGUCAGCGCUGCCUGAGUUCUUGACCCACCAGUAUGAAUAUCAGACUGGAGAGUCACGACCUGUGGGACAGGGACAGGACGUGUGCUCCAAUACUAGCCGAGCGGGGCUCUCUGAUCCUAGUUACAUCUGUGGGAAUAGAACCAAUACCAACAUGAUGUACCUGCUGCUGAUCGGAGCUCAAAUGCUUCUCGGGGUUGGAGCGACUCCCCUGCAGCCUCUGGGCGUGUCUUACAUCGAUGAUCACGUCAGACGAGAAGACUCAUCCCUUUAUAUUGGUAUCUUAUUCUCUACACUGGUGUUUGGACCAGCCUGUGGUUUUAUUCUUGGCUCUCUGUGCACCAAAGUUUAUGUUGAUGCAGUCUUCAUUGACACAACCACGCUGGACAUCACUCCUGACGAUCCACGCUGGAUCGGUGCCUGGUGGGGCGGCUUUAUCAUCUGUGGCCUUUUCCUCUUCCUCUCCUCGUUUUUCAUGUUUGGGUUCCCACAGUCGCUGAACGAGCCUGGGGAGGGCCCAGGAGGUGAGAGUGAACAGGCCAUGCUGCCUGCUGAGCUGGUGCAGGAGUAUGAAGGAGUCAAAACCUCAGAUGACCCCGAGAUCAACACUGGCCUCACCUGCUGCCAGCACCUGCAGGUUAUCCCUAAGGUGACUAAGCAUCUGCUGUCCAACCCGGUUUUCACCUGUGUCAUUCUCGCUGCCUGCAUGGAAAUCGCUGUGGUGGCUGGAUUUGCUGCCUUCCUAGGGAAAUAUCUCGAACAGCAGUUCAACCUUUCAACGUCCUCCGCUAAUCAGCUCCUUGGUAUGACAGCAAUCCCCUGUGCUUGUCUGGGCAUUUUCCUGGGUGGGCUCCUGGUGAAGAAGUUGAAUCUGUCUGCAUUAGGGGCGAUUCGUCUGGCUAUGCUAGUCAAUAUCAUCUCUACGGCCUGCUACGUCUCCUUCCUCUUCCUUGGCUGUGAUACGGGCCCGGUCGCUGGGGUUACUGUUGCCUAUGGCAACGAGAGUCUAGGUUCAUGGGAGCGGACGGAGGCCGCGUGUCUGUCAGGCUGUAAUUGUUACACGUCUUCUCUAAGCCCCGUCUGCGGCUCCAAUGGCAUCACCUACCUCUCAGCCUGCCUGGCUGGCUGCACUAAAACCAAUCUGACAGGCUGUAAGUGCAUCGCCCAUGGCGACGGGCCGGGUACAGCCAUGCCGGGGAAGUGUUCCAGUCCAGGCUGUCAGCAGGCCUUUCUCACGUUCCUAGCAGUUGUGUGUGCAUGCAGCAUGAUCGGAGCCAUGGCCCAGACUCCAUCCGUCAUCAUCCUGAUCAGAACUGUGAGCCCAGAGCUGAAGUCAUAUGCCCUUGGAGUUCUCUUCCUGUUGCUCCGGCUGCUGGGUUUCAUUCCUCCACCUCUGAUCUUUGGCAUUGGGAUUGACUCCACCUGCCUACUGUGGAGCUCCGUAUGCGGCAUUAAAGGGGCCUGCAUGCUUUACGACAACAUAACCUACCGUUACCUUUACGUCAGCAUCGCCAUCGUUCUCAAAUCCAGCGCCUUCAUCCUCUACGCCGUCACCUGGCAGUGUCUGCGUCAGAACUACUCCAGGUACAUAAAGAACAGUGAGGACUACCUGACCCCAAGCCAGCUGUUUGCCUCCAACCUCACCCUGGACAAUCUGGGCAAGGACAUUGCACAGAACCCUUCCAACCGCACCAAGUUCAUUUACAACCUGGAUGACCACGCCUGGAGCGAGAACAUGGAGUCAGCCAUAUAGUCCCACCCCAAAGAGGGCCAGCCGGCCUAUAUGCACAUAUGCUAAUUUAGUCUCAUAUCGCUUUUAUUCAAAAGAAAAUCCAUAUAUAAGCCGAUUUCUGCACAUUCCCGCUUCUGGGGAGAAAUGGGCACUCUUUUAGCGUAUCCAGGGUGAUUUAACUAAACAGAGCCAAAUGAAUUUGACUGUUACUGUAGUCAGGAUUUGUAUAUGCUGGAUAUACGAUACGUGGAAAUGAAACGCAUCCAUUAUAUUAGGGGACGUGCUAGGUUGCAGUUCCAAAACUGAACUAUUAAUCUUCCAUUAGUCAAAACUAGCCCCAGCUUACAUAUAUGAGCACCUUUUUAGGUUUCAUUUUGGAUGGUCUUUUUAGUAUUUUUUUAAGAACUGUAAAGAAUAUUAGCAUAUAAGUUCUAUGAAUAUUAGCUAAUAUGUUUACUUGAAUAUCGUGAGGCUGUCUAUUUUUAUGGAGGGUCUUAGAAAGCUUGAUGUUAUUACUCAAUCUCUCCUCUGUACAGGCUAUUAGACUUAAAAAACGUAGAUAAAAGUGCAGAGUUUACACACGUCAUGUAACCUAUUAAUCAACCUAAAUACAUAAUAGCGAACAUUUUAGGCCCAUGUCUGUGAAAACGUAUAGCUUGACUAGACAAAAGGUUCAUUAGUUUUGUGACGCCUCGUCAUUUGUCACCUGCAGUGAUCUAAACUAAAGCAACGUGCAACAUUAAUCAGUAGUUGUUAUCAAGCAGAGGACGCUGAGGGACGAAAGAAGGAUUUAUUUCAAUGCAUGCAGGUAUUGCAUGUUGAUGCAUCAGAGCAGGCGCAUGGGAAUUUUAAGAAGUAAAUUGUUUUGGUGAAGGUAGACAUUUCCCUUCUAUUACUCCAGCAUCUUCUCAAGUGGUGUUUUAUAAUGGUAUUACGGCACCUUACGUACUUUUUUCUUCCAGUCUGUCAUCAAUAUGUUUAAGGAAAUUAACUCGGAAGACCAAACUAUGGAAGCUCGUUUCCGCCGCGGAAUAAAACAAACAAACAAAAAAAAGGUUAUGACUUAUCUCACAAUUCUGACUUUUAUCCUCUGGAUUGUGUGAUACAAACUCGCAAUUCUGUGAACAUAUCAGUUUUUUUUUUCUCUCAGAAAUGGACUUUAUUAUGGACUUUUUAUGGAGUUUGUAUCUCACAAUUCUGAAAAAAAAGUCAGAAUUGCGAGAUACAAACUCGCAAUUGUGAAAAAUAAUUAGAAUAAUUAGUAAUUCUGACUUUAUAACUCGCAAUUGUGUUUAUAUCUCACAGUUUUGAGAAAAAAUGUCAGAAUUGCAAGAUACAAAGUCGUAAUUGCGAAAAAAAAAGGCAGAAUUGAAGAUACAAACUCGCAAUUGUGAAAAAAAACCUCAGAAUUGUGAGUUUAUAUCCCACAAUUCUGACUUUAUAUCUAGUAAUUCUGACUUUAUGGCCCGGUUUCACAGAUGGGGCUUAGACUAAGCCAGGAUUAGCCCAUGGUUCAAUUAGGACUUUUAAGUAAUUUUUAUAAAUGUGCUUAGAAAAAAAACAUUACUGGUGUGCAUUCUGAGACAAAACAAAGACACUGAUAUAUUUUAAGAUCAGUCAGUUCAAGUUUCUUUUUGUUGAAACAUCUGAGACUUACAUUUUAGUCUAGGACUAGGCUUAAGCCUUGUCUGUGAAACCAGAGGUAUAACACGCAAUUGUGGGUUUAUAUCUCAGUUCUGAGAAAAAAAAAGUCAGAAUUGCGAGAUGUAAACUCAAAAUCGUGAGAAUUGUGAGAUAAAAAGUCGCAACUGAGAAAAAAAAUCAGAAUUGCGAGUUUAUGUCCCGCAAUUCUGACUUUAUAACUUGCAAUUAUGCGUUUAUAUCUCACAGUUCUGAGACAAAAAGUCAGAAAGGUGAGAUACAAACUCACAAUUGAGAAAAAAAGUCAGAAUUGAAGAUACAAACUCGCAAUUGUGAAAAAAAAAGUCAGACUUGUGAGAUAAACUCAAGUAAACUCUAAAUUGCGAGAAUUGUGAGAUAAAAAGUCGCAAUUACCUUUUUUAUUUUUUAUUCAGUGGCGGAAACGGGUUUCCGUACCAAAUGUUUUAAUUAACAGUAAAUUGUAAAACUUUUUUUUUUAAUGUUGCAAUAUAUAAAACAAGAAAAUAAACAUAAGGAUUUAUGAACUGCUAUAUCUAUCUGAGUUACAUAAAAUAACAAAAAUUAAAACAUUUUUGUAUGACAUUGGACCUAAGAAUUGGUUUCAUAUACUUAUGAAUUAUUUUCUAUGCUUUUUCUAAAAAAUAUAUAUCUGUCAAAAAAAAAAAAAAAAAAAAAAAAAAGGACGGGAAGGUGGUGGAUCCAUGGAAAUGUAAUAAAGCUAAAUGCUCUUUACAGAGGACAAUUAUUUGUUUCUGCUGCUUUUCAAAGACGGUUUACUGGAUGCAAGUAUAUUGAAGAGACCCGCACAGGGCAAAACCCGAACGCAUUAUCACCCUAUCAUGUAAAUGGCUUCCCAAGCACAUUAUUUUAAUGCACUGCAAUAUACGCCGAAACGCUUGAUUGCUUGAAUGUUGAGGCCGGUGUCAAUACAAAAUGGGAUGAUAUAAGAAUGAUGUCAUUGUUUAUAUAAUCAUUCCUCUCUAUAGAUAAUUCAUUGCCGUAAAAGUGCCAAAGUGAUGCCAUUUAAGUGUUCUGAGUUCUCUCCGAGAGGCGGUUUUUCAUAAUGCUGGAAUUGUAUAUGACCGCGAGAUGCUUUAUCGUAUU